UGCUCUGGGGAGCGCAUGUCCAGAUGUGGCCACCUCACAGCUGCUCAGGUUCACACUGGGGAGCGCAUGUCCAGGCUCAUAUUUGGCACCCUUUACCCUGCGUACUACUCCUACAAGGCUGUGAAGUCCAAGGACAUUAAGGAGUAUGUCAAGUGGAUGAUGUACUGGAUCAUAUUCGCACUUUUCACCACGGCAGAGACAUUCACAGAUAUCUUCCUGUGCUGGUUUCCAUUCUACUAUGAACUGAAAAUUGCGUUUGUGGCCUGGCUGCUGUCCCCCUACACAAAAGGCUCCAGCCUCCUGUACAGGAAGUUCGUGCACCCCACGCUGUCCUCGAAAGAGAAGGAAAUUGAUGACUGCCUGGUCCAGGCGAAAGACAGGAGCUACGAUGCCCUCGUGCACUUCGGGAAGCGCGGCUUGAACGUGGCAGCCACAGCCGCUGUCAUGGCUGCUUCCAAGGGCCAGGGCGCCUUGUCAGAGAGACUCCGGAGCUUCAGCAUGCAGGACCUCAGCACUAUCAGGGGAGAUGGCGCCCCUGCUCCCUCUGGCCCCCCUCCACCUGGGCCCGGGCGGGCCAGCGGCAAACACGGCCAGCCCAAGAUGUCGCGGAGCGCUUCCGAGAGCGCCAGCAGCUCAGGAAUGCCACUCUGGACCCAACCAGGUGGAGUGCUUAGGACUGGGCCUGGGGCCAACGUGCAGAGACCACCGUUACCCAUGCUGUGUGCACCUGCUGCGCCACCUGCAGGACCCGGAAAGACUGUACACGCACAUUCAGUGGUUGAGGGAGAUGUGGACGAGGGUGGUGUGAAGGCCUGGGAGCCCCUCCAGGCCCGCAACCCACUGGCGUUCUCUGACGACGAGGAGGAGGACCUGCUGGAUUUCAUGUACAAGUAUAAAGCACCAAAGAGGAUGGAUCCGCCCCUGGAGGCACCGCCUAGACUCCAGCGAUCCCGCUUCAGGAAGAAGAGUACCUCGUCCUCGGCCACCGAAACCACGUGAGUGAGAUGAGCCAUCGGCACCGGAUCCACAGAGUGUCUCUCCUCUGCCUUAAAGAGCUGGUCACCAUCCAGAUCCACGCGCGGACUCCGCCUUGCCUCACGCCCUUCGCCUCUCGGGAUUUCUCUUUCUUCCCUCCCCUUUUCUUCUCUUCUUCCUUUGUUUUGCUGGGGAGAGGCUAAGGGAAAGGUGAUAGUGGGGUGACUGUCAUGCCUUCUGAGGUCAGUAUGUCCCCUCCACUGGGAUGGUCACUACAGAGAGCAGUGUGCUUUCAAAACGUCAGAGAUCUCCCCUGUGCUGCUGAGUUGUACACUUGUAAUUUAUCUGUUGCAGACUUAGUUUUUAGUCCUGUAAAUGCAAACAAAGCAAUUUUUUUAAAAACUUUUUUUUUUUUUUUUUUUUUUGCUCUUGGUACUACUCCUUUGGAUUCUGAUGAACAUAUUUAUGGCUUUGGCUUAACAUAAUGAACUUGCAAGGGCUGCCAGAGGUUCCAAUAAGCGAGAAAACUGUAAAAACAGAAUUGUUAAAAAAAAAAUCAAUUCUAGAUCAUGUCUCUGAUGUGCUUUUAAAGCUUUCAAAUCCAGCUACCCUGAAGGAAGAUGGUUCCUUCUUGCCAUAGUUGCGAGGCGGCAGCUUGGAGGGCAGGGGCUGGAGAGCCCAGCAAAGCCCCCGGGCGGCGGGAGGGCACAGGAAGCUCCACUCCUGCCUGGGUCUGGGCAGCCUGCAGAACCCUUGUAGGGCUCACUUGGCAGUCUUCCUGGGCAUGGGCACUUUGCAGAGCUGCUUGAAGAAUGUCGAGGGUCUCGAAAGUGCUUGGCAAAGUACUGUUUCUCCCUCGUAGUGAUCAGUGCUGAUCUCCCCAGGCAGAGGAGCCUCCACUGAGCACCUUGCAGAGAACAGAGGCAGAAACAAGUGCUGUUUCAGAUACGCCCCAGCAGGUGGACACACCUCACCAAGGGGGCUGGAAACCCUGGGCAGCUGUGGCUCUGCCUUCUGCUCCCUUCCUGACCUGCAGGAUGUGAGCUGAGCCAACCUUGAAGAUUCCACACAAGCCAGGACCCCUCCCAGGGCAGUUCAGCUCUGAGGGAACUCCCUGCUUAGACUGGAAUUUUGAGCAGCACCUGGAUGAAGUGACAGUAGGUCUGAGGUAGCUGCCACCCCAGAGCUGAGCCAAAACGUAGGACUAGUGUAUUGUGCUUAGAGUUGGUGUCCCUGUGUCUUGCAUGCCUUGGCCACCGUGCAGGUCUCAUACAAUUGGAUUGUGUUUGUUCUUAGACUCGCCCUCAAGGCUAGAGAAGUAGUGUCCCAAGUCACUCAGAGCUGUCAACCCGGCUGCAAGCAGGCCCGGUUAGAGACCCACCCAAGGCCUGCACACUGGCUGCCGAGGGUGCUGUCAUGCAAAGGGGUCUAGUCCAAGUUGACUGUGGCCAGACAUACACACUGGAAUCCCUCCUUCCCACAGGGCCUCUGAUGGUGAUUCUGAAGUUUAUAAGGAUUUACGAAAAUCCACCUAAAAGUAGUUUCGUGGAUGAGAGGUCAUAGGCCUCUGCUCUCGGUCUCUGGCCCACACCCCCCAAUUCCUGAACCUGUUAGAGAAGAGAAUCCCUGUGUGGUCCCAGAUGAGGAAUGGUGUACCCUUUACAGUGUGUUUACUUAGUUGGGCAUACUCAGUGUGACCAGAAACAAGUGCAAAAAGCUCAAGUGAGGCAGCUUUCUACCAAUUUUUUUUAUUAUUUUGUCAAAAUAACAAUAGCUUUAACAAUGGGUCAUACUGUAUUUUUGAUUCUACAAUGGAAAGGUAGACAGGUCCAGAUUAUCAAGUGUGCCAGAACCAGCAGGGUGCACCCCACCUUGUAGAAGGCUGUGCAGUCAGUCCACGGUCAGAGACAGAUGGGAGGCACCUGCUGCCGAGUGCCCUGCGCUUUCCCAGUACCAACUAGGGAGUUGCCUCUUGGGGACACACAUGCACACCUGGGAGCAGCUGUCAUGCUUUUGGCAAACGUGUUUCCUCACCCACCACGCUGUGUAUCUGUGUGAAUGCGAAUGCCUAUCAGUGUGCAAGCAGUGGUACGUUCUGUUUAGAAGAUGCCACCAGAUGAUUUCAGUGCGUGACUUACGGACACACUAGCUUGGAAGUCUGACUUCUCCUUCAUGACGUUUAGCUGUUGGCCUCCAGCACCUGUUGCUUCUGAGGUGAGCGGGAUCUCCUGCUCUCCAUCCUCAGCAGAGCCUCGCCACACCCUCCCUUCUCAGCCCUGCUGGCCUUUAUGUGGAUCCUCUGUGAUACUGUCUGUGUGUCUGUGCAGUGCGUGUACACCACCGCCAUAAGCCCUCCCCUGGCCCCGCACAGCACUCGAGUGGCAGAGAAUGCGCUUCACCCUGUGGCCAGACACGCAAGGAGCAGGCGCUGUGGACAGCGACUGUGCUCCCUGCCGUGUCCAUAGGACCAUCGGAGAUUGGACCGUGCAUUGAAGGGAUGUGAAUGACAGUAUUCCAAAAGCUGAUGUUUGCUGUUUUGUUAUAAUGCUUGAAUAAAAUCUUAACAUCUUUCUUUUAA